AGCAUUGCAAGAUAGACCGUAGUCGCAGUCAUGGCUGUUGGAAAGAACAAGCGCUUGUCCAAGGGCAAGAAGGGCAUCAAGAAGAGGACCGUUGACCCUUUCACCCGUAAGGAUGAAUAUUCUGUUAAGGCGCCUUCCACUUUCCAGACUCGCGACGUGGGCAAGACCCUCGUCAACCGUACGACCGGUCUGAAGAACGCCAAUGAUUCUCUGAAGGGCCGGAUUUUCGAAGUGUCGCUCGCUGAUCUCCAGAACGACGAAGACCACGCUUUCCGCAAGGUUAAGCUUCGCGUGGAUGAGGUUCAAGGAAAAAACUGUCUGACCAACUUCCAUGGCAUGGACUUCACCACCGACAAACUGCGGUCGCUUGUGCGCAAGUGGCAGACUCUCAUCGAGGCGAACGUCACUGUUAAGACUACCGAUGAAUACCUUGUCCGUCUGUUCGCCAUCGCGUUUACGAAGAGACGUCCAAACCAAAUCAAGAAGACCACAUAUGCCCGAUCUUCGCAGAUCCGCGCCAUCCGAAAGAAGAUGACCGACAUCAUGCAACGUGAGGCGGUUGGCUGUUCGCUCUCUCAGCUCACAACGAAGCUCAUCCCUGAGGUCAUUGGGCGUGAGAUUGAAAAGGCGACCCAGGGAAUCUAUCCCUUGCAAAACGUCCACAUCCGCAAGGUCAAGCUCCUCAAGUCCCCGAAGUUUGAUCUUGGUGCCUUGCUGAACCUCCACGGGGAAUCUACGACUGAUGACAAGGGCCAGAAGGUUGAGAGGGAGUUCAAGGAACAGGUUCUUGAGAACGUCUGAUGUGGAGAUCAAGAUCGCAAUGAGUUUUUUUAAAUUUUUACUCUAGUCCACACCGUUUGGCUCUUCACUAUAUUGCGGAGAGCAAGAGAC